ACAGAGCCACACACAUUACCCACAGUGCACCUCUGCUUAGUUGAUUCGUCCAGAGCAGGAAGACGCCAGACCAGAUGGCAGCCGACGGCAACAUGGCCGACGCCGACACCCAGUCGGACCAGGUGUCUUCAUCGGAUCUCUCGUCUUCGUCCCUGAAGGACUCCACCAUGUCAGCCUUGCAGCUUGUUUACUGGCGGGAGCCUAAGAAGUCGGCCGUGGCGUUCGGCGUGUCUCUGCUGGUGCUGUUCGCCGUGGCGACGCUGUCUGUCAUCAGCGUGGUUUCCUAUUUGCUGCUGGCCAGCCUCUGCGUCACCAUCACAUUCAGGGUCUACAAGUCUGUGAUCCAGGCCGUCCAGAAGUCAGACGAGGGACACCCGUUCAAGUCUCUGUUGGACAGAGAUGUCUCCGUCUCCUCCGAGUCGUUCCACCAGCUCUCAGAGAAGUUUCUGGUUUAUCUGAACAGCUUCAUCCGUCAGAGCAGGAGGCUGCUGCUGGUGGAGGACCUGGUGGACUCUGUGAAGCUGGCUGGUGUCAUGUGGGUGAUGACGUACAUUGGAGCUGUUUUCAAUGGCAUCACCAUCCUCAUCCUCGCUGACAUCAUCUUCUUCACCACACCGCUGGUCUAUCAGAAGAAGAAGGUGCUGCGUGCGUGUACACAGAUUGACCGCUUCAUAGAGCUGGUUCAGACCAGGAUGGAGGAAACGCUGCAGAAGCUGCAGGACAGGUUACCAGGAGCUGUAAAGCGAACCAAAGUGGAGUGACCAAUCAUGGCUCUGGCCACGCCCCCUGCUGUCCCUGUGAUUGGUCGGUUAGCUGACUGGUUAAGCCGCUCAGUUCAGUCUGAGGAGAGUUUGUGAAAAUUGGUUCUUCUACAAUAAAACAAACUGUACCAAACGACA